AAUAAAUCAUAUAUAUAUAGUGAAAAAUAAUUUUUUAAAAAAUGGAUCGAAUUAGACGUGGAAAGAGGCCCUAUGAAUCCGAGGAAAAAGAAGAUAGAAAUAAUAAUCAUAUGUAUUCAUCAGCUCGAUCUCAACAUGAUAUGUCUACAAUGGUUUCAGUCCUCUCUCAAGUUAUUGGCAUCAAAAGUACUACUAACACAAAUUGUUCUUCUUCUUCCUCCACACAUCAUAAGCCAUUAUUAACCCUAAAUCAUCAGUCUAAUACUAUGCAAAACCAAUUACCUCAGCUCAAUCAACAACAAGGGAAUAAUGAAAAGAGAAGAAGACAGUACAGAGGUGUGAGGCAAAGACCAUGGGGUAAAUGGGCGGCCGAAAUCCGUGACCCGGAAAAAGCUGCUCGUGUAUGGUUGGGUACUUUUCACACUGCGGAAGAUGCGGCAAUUGCAUAUGAUGAAGCUGCACUUAAAUUUAGAGGAAACAAAGCUAAACUCAACUUUCCAGAACGGGUUCAAUCCACAACUGAUCGAUUCGGGAUAUCAUACCUAAUUACUAAUACUAAUCAUCAAAAAGAUCAAUUUCAGCCCAGUAAUUUUCUCCCAAAUUCUGAUCAAUUACAACAUCAUCACUACAGUAAUCAUAAUGCUGAUGAUUUGAAAUUUGGCGUCUCGCCGAGUUUUUAUCACCCUACAGGGUUCAAUCCUAAAGCACUGGAUUUAGUGGAACCUUCGAAAUCAUCAUCGAUGACAUAUUUGGUACAACAAGCAUCGUCUCAUGAGGUACAAGAAGAACCAAGGUAUAUUAAUCACCAGCAAGAAGAUGAAAACAAUCUGAAAUUUUCAUCUUAUUUUGGCACUUAUUCAAGCUCAGGACCAACUUUGGGGGAGUUUGAAGAUCAAAAAUAAUUAUUUUUUUCAACCAACAUGAAGGUAUACAAUUUCUUGAGGAUAUAAUGUCACAUAUUAAUAAGUUUUUGGCCCUAAAUGUGCUUUCAAUUUCCUUCUUUUGUCAUGCAAUUAGUUAAGCAUUAAUGAUUUGGUUGAUAAAUUCAGUUG